UUGCAGCAGGGAAAUCACAGGUGGAACUAAUAACACGAACAAUGGCUCCAUCCCAGCAGUUAAUGUGAUUACACACAGCUGCGUUGACAGGGCAGCCGGUCUGUUGUGAAUAAGGUCGGUUCAGUUUCACACCCAGUUUCUUCCCUCAUCAUCAAGGACAAAGAGCAGCAGCACAGAUAAAACUGCCUGGAUGAAGAUGACCUUUUAAUCUUGUUUAUUCCUUAUCGGUCUCAUAACAAAAUAAACAGAAUUAUCUUGAUUAACUCAAGCGCCUUUAAAAAGCCACACUUCAGGGCAGAUCAGUGACUUGAAAACAAUGUGGUGUGAAGGACAGUCACACACUCAUCAUUAAAACUACAAAGCAACAGCACACUCGUUCCACUCAUCUCCCGGUUCCCCUCUCCGUCAGCUGUGCUUGCUCUGCAGGAUGGUGCAGAGGGUGCUGGUGAUCGGUGCGGGUCCCUCAGGCCUGACCAGCAUCAAGGCCUGUUUGGAUGAAGGUCUGCAGCCAACCUGCUUUGAGAGCAGCCAUGACAUUGGGGGUCUCUGGAGAUUUAAGGAGAAGCCCGAGCCGGGACGAGCCAACAUCUAUCAGUCGGUGGUCAUCAACAGCUCCAAAGAGAUGAUGUCUUUCAGCGACUUCCCUCCUCCCGCUCAGCUCCCCAACAACAUGCACCACUCCCAGGUGCUGCUGUAUCUGCGCCUCUACGCUCAGGCCUUCGACCUGCUGCAGCACAUACACCUCCAGACUACCGUGCUGAGUGUAAAGCCGACCCCGGACUUUGCAGUGACAGGCCAGUGGGAGGUGGAGACAGAGAGGGGACAGGGUCAGUGGGAGGUGGAGACAGAGAGGGGACAGGGUCAGAGGGAGGUGGAGACAGAGAGGGGACAGGGUCAGAGGGAGGUGGAGACAGAGAGGGGACAGGGUCAGAGGGAGACUCAUGUUUUCGACGCAGUGAUGGUUUGUACUGGACACUUCACCCAGCCUCACCUGCCACUCACAGACUUCACAGGUAUUGAGAGCUUCGAAGGCAGAUGUUUCCACAGCUGGGAAUACCGCAGCGCUGAGGGGAUGCAGGGGAAAAGAGUGCUGGUGAUUGGGAUUGGAAACUCUGGAGGUGAUAUUGCUGUGGAAAUCAGCAGAGUUGCUGAGAAGGUGUACCUGAGCACCAGGAGUGGAGCGUGGGUAGUCAGCCGUGUGGGACAGGGGGGACUUCCAGCUGAUCUUGUCGGGACGUCUCGAUUGCAUGUGAUGAUGCAGAAGCUCGUCCCCUCCUGGUUCAACAGGAUGUUGGAGAAGAAGCUGAACGAAGCAUUUGACCACACAUUAUAUGGCCUGAGACCAAAACACAGAUUUUUUGCACAGAUUCCUGUUGUGAAUGAUGACCUGCCGGCUCGGAUCAUCUCAGGUCGUGUUCAGCUGAAACCAAAUGUGAAGGAGUUCUGUGGAUCCAGUGUGGUCUUUGUUGAUGAGAGCGUCAUAAACGAGGUGGAUGUGGUGGUGUUUGCCACAGGGUACAACUACAGCUUCCCCUUCCUGCCCCCAGCUCUGCAGGCUAAAUGUGGCUACAGGCUGCGUCUCUACAAACACGUGUUCCCCCCUGGACUCACCAGACCGACGCUGGCGGUGGUGGGCUUCAUCCACGGCUUAGGGGCGAUCAACCCGCUGGCUGAGAUGCAGGCCCGCUGGGCCACAAGGGUUUUUAAAGGUUUAUCAGCCCUCCCCUCAGAGGAGACCAUGGUGGAGGAAAUUCAGAAAGACACCACAGGGAUGCACCAGAGGUUUUCCUGCUCUGACCGUAACCCCCUCCAGGUGGACUACAUCCCUUACCUGGACUCCCUGGCAGAGCAGGUGGGGGCUCGGCCAAACAUACCGUGGCUCUUGAUGAAGGACCCCAGGCUGGCACUGCAGGUCUUGCUGGGUCCCUGUACUCCGUACCAGUACCGUCUGGAGGGACCGGGCAGGUGGGCUGGAGCCCGUCAGGCCAUUCUCACUCAGUGGCAGCGGGUGGUUCAACCUUUCAGGACCAGAGUGGUACCACAACCAGAGACCAGACCCUCUUCCAGAUGGCGCAUCGUAGUGGUUUUCUCAGGAGUCACCCUGCUGUGCUGCAUCUGCUACAAUAAGCCCCUCUUCAGAUCUCCUCCCUGAGCUGUGUGUUAUGGACUUUACUGAAGCAGCAAACCAAUGAGCUGCAGGCAGAACCUGCUUUUAGAAUAAGUUGACUGUUUGAAUGACUAAUAAAGUUUUUAAAAUGAA